GUCGGCGGUGCCGGCGCAGCCCCCCCCGCCCCGCCGGCUGCAGCAGCGCAGCCGCCCCCGCGGGGAGCGCGCCCGGCGGCCCCGCAGCAGCGCCCGCCCGCUGCCCUCCGCGCCCGCGGGCUGCCAGAGCAUGGAGACGCAGCCACAGCCCUGAGUGGGUGCUGCUGACGCUGUCUGUGACCCAGCUUUGCCCAGCCCAGCACCAUGAGUGGCUUCUUCUCUCGGCUGGACCCGCGGCGGGUGCCCUGGGGGGCCGCAGGCCAUGCCCUGCGCACCCGUGUGCUGCGCACCAAGCCUGUGGAGUCCAUGCUGGAGGGCACCGGGGCUGGGGCCACCCAGGGUGCCAGGCUGGCCAAGGUCCUCACCACCCUUGACCUCAUCUCCCUGGGCGUUGGGAGCUGCGUGGGCACCGGCAUGUACGUGGUGUCCGGCCUGGUGGCCAAGGAGAUGGCGGGGCCCGGGGUCAUCGUGUCCUUCAUCAUCGCUGCCGUCGCAUCCAUCCUGUCAGGCGUUUGCUACGCUGAGUUCGGCGUGCGGGUCCCCAAGACCACGGGCUCUGCCUACACCUACAGCUACGUGACCGUGGGGGAGUUUGUGGCGUUCUUCAUCGGCUGGAACCUCAUCCUGGAGUACCUGAUCGGGACGGCUGCGGGCGCCAGCGCCCUCAGCAGCAUGUUCGACUCGCUGGCCAACCACACCAUCAGCCGCUGGAUGAUCAACAGCGUCGGCACGCUGAACGGCCUGGGGAAAGGAGAGGAGUCAUACCCUGACCUUCUUGCUCUGGUCAUUGCUGUCAUUGUCACCAUCAUUGUGGCCAUGGGGGUGAAGAACUCGGUGGGACUGAACAACGUGCUCAAUGUCAUUAACUUGGCAGUUUGGGUCUUCAUCAUGAUUGCUGGUCUGUUCUACAUCAAAAGUGACAACUGGGCUGAAGGGCAAUUCCUGCCGUUCGGAUGGCCAGGGGUGCUCAAGGGGGCUGCAACCUGUUUCUAUGCCUUCAUUGGCUUCGACAUCAUUGCUACCACGGGAGAAGAGGCGAAGAAUCCCAACACCUCCAUCCCCUACGCCAUCACAGCCUCGCUCGUCACGUGCCUGACAGCUUAUGUGUCUGUGAGCAUGAUCCUGACACUGAUGGUGCCCUACGAUGCCAUCGACACCGAGUCCCCACUGAUGGAAAUGUUCGUGGUCCACGGCUUCUAUGCAGCCAAAUUCAUCGUUGCCAUCGGGUCCGUGGCCGGGCUGACUGUCAGCUUGCUGGGCUCCCUCUUCCCAAUGCCCAGAGUCAUUUAUGCCAUGGCUGGAGAUGGGCUGCUCUUCAGGUUUUUGUCCCAUGUCAGUUCUUACACGGAAACCCCUGUUGUGGCUUGUAUCGUGUCUGGGUUCCUGGCAGCUCUGCUCUCCUUGCUGGUCAGCCUGAGGGACCUGAUAGAAAUGAUGUCCAUUGGCACCCUGCUGGCCUACACGCUGGUGUCCGUCUGCGUCCUGCUCCUCCGGUACCAGCCCGAGAGUGACAUCGAUGGCUUCGUCAAAUUCCUCUCCGAGGAGCACACCAAGAAGAAGGAGGGCAUCCUGGCUGACUGUGAGAAGGAAGCUUGCUCCCCCGGGAGUGAAGGAGAGGAGUUCUCUGGCCCACCCACCAACACUUGCGGGGCAAAAAAUCUGCCGUCGCUAGGAGAUAACGAGAUGCUAAUUGGGAAAUCCGAUAAAUCCGCCUACAACGUGAAUCACCCCAAUUACGGCACCGUCGACAUGACCUCGGGGAUAGAGGCAGAUGAGUCUGAGAACAUCUAUCUCAUCAAGCUGAAGAAGCUGAUCGGCCCUCGGUACUACACAAUGCGGAUCCACCUCGGGCUGCCGGGUAAAAUGGAUCGCCCGACAGCGGCCACCGGCCACACGGUCACCACCUGUGUGCUCCUGCUCUUUGUCCUGAUGUUCAUCUUCUGCUCCUUCAUCAUUUUUGGGUCAGACUACAUCUCUGAGCAGAGCUGGUGGGCUGUCCUCCUGGUCGUGCUGAUGGUCCUGCUCAUCGCUGUGCUGGUGUUUGUGAUCUUGCAGCAGCCAGAAAACCCCAAGAAGCUGCCCUACAUGGCCCCGUGUCUGCCUUUCGUCCCUGCCUUCGCCAUGCUGGUGAAUAUCUAUCUCAUGCUGAAGCUCUCCACAGUCACGUGGAUCCGAUUUGCUGUCUGGUGUUUUGUGGGUCUGCUCAUCUACUUUGGCUAUGGGAUGUGGAACAGCACGCUGGAGAUCAGCGCCCGGGAGGAGGCCCUGCACCAGAGCACCUACCAGCGCUACGACGUGGAUGUCGACCCCUUCUCCGUGGACGACGGCUUCUCCUUCGCCCCCGAGGGCGAGAGCUACCCAGCCUGGGGUCCUUCUGAGGACAAGAGCUUCUCCUACCAGCAAAUGGCGGACGCCAAGGAAAGCCAUCGGACAAGUAGCAGGUCGAAAAGCAAAGGCCGGCACAAACCGCCGUCAGAUGCUCUGAUCGCCAACGACGAGUUGGACUACUCACCUGAGUAGCAGCACAGGCAGCGGGGCGCCGCACCGCCCAGGCAAUGAGGAAAGCUCCCCAUGGCUCCCCCACCCUGCCCCAUCUUCCCCAGGUCCUCCACCACCACCUUGCUCACCACCUACUCGGGACACGCUCUGCGGCUGCCGUUGACCCCGAACCAAAACCACCCUUGGCCCGUCCCAGCUCCACCAGUGGGGUCUCGCUCUGGUGAACGCUGGCUGAUCCCCCAGCACCGGCUGCACCAGUGGGGGCAGCGGGGUGGGAGAUGUGCCAAACCAGGAGGGUGUUGAGAGGUGGAAGGAGCUGCAUUGGGGGAAAAGUCAAAUUGUCCCUGGGGAAAGUCCACCUGGUGGCCGCAGCGGUGGGAUGCCACUCUAAAAUUUUUGGCACUUUCUUGGCAUGUGUGUUUUUUUCCUUUGAACCACCUAGAAGUGAUAGCUGAGUCAGAGGCACAGAGAGGUGGGUAGGUACAAAAUGGAGAUGGACACACUCUUCCCUGGGAGUAGCUCAGAGAUGCGUAGUUGGUUCCAUCACACAGUUCCAUUCUGGCACACUGCACAGAGCAGUGCUUCCCCUACAUCCAUCCCCACACCCCAAACUCCAAUUCUGUGAUUCAAAAUUAGUCCAUGUCUCAGUCCUACCUUUUAGCCCCAGCAUGG